ACGCUAGAUGAGAUGAGAUGUCGUUCUUCGAGAUGCUGUCUCCUAAUCUCUCUAUUUUUCCUCCAAACCUUUUUUCUGCUAUACUUCAUGAUCAUCAGAAACUCAACAGCACAUUUUAGCAGUGAACUAAAGCGGAAAGACUGUCUGUGUCAACUUAAAGAUGAUGUUAAUAAUCCAGAAGCUAGGAGCCACACUACUCCAUUAUCUCAUAAAUCUGAACAUGCUUAUCUUUUAGUAACUAUUUUGUCUAGCCCCAAUGCAAAGGAAAGAAGAGACUCAAUUAGGAGUACUUGGAUGCAAGGCUAUGAUACUCUGCACCCAAAAGUCCUAGUCAAGUUUGUGAUUGGUGGAUUGGGUGUUGCUGCCGGUGCACUAUCCAGUGUGAGAGAAGAAGAUAAACAAUAUGGCGACAUUUUAUUAUUAGAGGAUUUAUAUGAAUCGUACCACAAUUUAACUCUGAAAAUAUUGUGGACAUUUGUAUACGUAUCCCACUCAUUUAACGUCUCAUAUUUAAUGAAAUGUGACGAUGAUACAUUUGUACUACUGGAACGUGUACUGGAAGAAUUGGUUAAGCGAGACAGUGACCACAGAACUAGUUUUUAUUGGGGUUUCUUUAAUGGUAGAGCAAGAGUGAAAAGGAAAGGGAAGUGGCAGGAGAGUGGAUGGUUUCUAAGCAAUAAUUACCUGCCUUAUGCUCUUGGAGGUGGUUACAUACUCAGUGGUGAUUUGGUGGAUAAAGUGGCUAUUAAUGCAGACAGUUUACAAUUAUAUCAGUCAGAAGAUGUGUCAGUUGGUGUGUGGUUGAGUAGUUUUAAGGCUGAAAGGAAGCAUGAUGUUCGUUUUAACACUGAGUAUGUAUCUCGUGGUUGUCUUAACGUUUACAUUGUAUCACAUAAACAGUCCAUUGCUGAUAUGAAGCUGAAGUAUCAGAAUAUAAGGCUAAUUGGUAAACAGUGUAAUAAAGAGUAUCAGACCAGGCUGUCUUAUAUUUAUAAUUGGACUGUUCCUCCUCUUGAGUGUUGUCAACGACUCACUGGCAUACCUUGAUUAAAGUUGAUGUAUU